CGGGGGAGGCUCGGGGCGGCGGUGACGGCGACGACGGCGGCAGCGGCGGCAGAGGAGGAGGCAGCGGCUGGGCCCGAGCCCCGUGCGUCUGUCCGCGUCCCGUGGAUGCGAAUCGGCCGCGGCGGAGGCGGAGUCGGUGGGCCGGCGCCGGGCCUGUGGGAGCGCGGAGGAUGAGGCCGCUGCCGGGUGCUCCUGGCGUGGCGGCGGCCGCCGCGCUGUUGCUGCUGUUGCUGCCCCGGGCCCGAGCGGACGAGCACGAACACACGUAUCAAGAUAAAGAGGAAGUUGUCUUGUGGAUGAAUACUGUUGGGCCUUACCAUAAUCGCCAAGAAACAUAUAAGUACUUUUCACUUCCAUUCUGUGUUGGGUCAAAAAAAAGUAUCAGCCAUUACCAUGAAACUCUAGGAGAAGCACUUCAAGGAGUGGAGUUGGAAUUUAGUGGUCUGGAUAUUAAAUUUAAAGAUGAUGUGAUGCCAGCCACUUACUGUGAAAUUGAUUUAGAUAAGGAAAAAAGAGAUGCAUUUGUUUAUGCUAUCAAAAAUCACUACUGGUACCAGAUGUACAUAGAUGACUUACCAAUAUGGGGUAUUGUUGGUGAAGCAGAUGAAAAUGGAGAAGAUUAUUAUCUCUGGACCUACAAAAAACUUGAAAUUGGUUUUAAUGGAAAUCGAAUUGUUGAUGUUAAUUUAACUAGUGAAGGGAAGGUGAAACUGGUUCCAAAUACAAAAAUACAGAUGUCAUAUUCAGUAAAAUGGAAAAAGUCAGAUGUAAAAUUUGAAGAUCGAUUUGACAAAUAUCUUGAUCCGUCAUUUUUUCAACAUAGGAUCCAUUGGUUUUCAAUUUUUAACUCCUUCAUGAUGGUGAUCUUCUUGGUGGGCUUAGUUUCAAUGAUUUUAAUGAGAACUUUAAGAAAAGAUUAUGCCCGGUACAGUAAAGAAGAAGAAAUGGAUGACAUGGAUAGAGACCUAGGAGAUGAAUAUGGAUGGAAGCAGGUGCACGGAGAUGUAUUUAGACCAUCAAGUCACCCACUGAUAUUUUCUUCUCUCAUUGGUUCUGGGUGUCAGAUAUUUGCAGUGUCUCUCAUUGUUAUUAUUGUUGCAAUGAUAGAAGAUUUAUAUACAGAGAGGGGUUCAAUGCUCAGUACAGCCAUAUUUGUCUAUGCUGCGACAUCUCCAGUGAAUGGUUAUUUUGGAGGAAGUCUGUAUGCUAGACAAGGAGGAAGGAGAUGGAUAAAGCAGAUGUUUAUUGGGGCAUUUCUUAUCCCAGCUAUGGUGUGCGGCACUGCCUUCUUCAUCAACUUUAUAGCCAUUUAUUACCAUGCCUCAAGAGCCAUUCCUUUUGGAACAAUGGUGGCUGUUUGUUGCAUUUGCUUUUUUGUUAUUCUUCCUUUAAAUCUUGUUGGUACAAUUCUUGGCCGAAAUCUGUCAGGCCAGCCCAACUUCCCUUGUCGAGUCAAUGCUGUGCCUCGUCCUAUACCAGAGAAAAAAUGGUUUAUGGAGCCUGCAGUUAUUGUUUGCCUGGGAGGAAUUUUACCUUUUGGCUCAAUCUUUAUUGAAAUGUAUUUCAUCUUCACCUCUUUCUGGGCGUAUAAGAUCUAUUAUGUCUAUGGCUUCAUGAUGCUGGUGCUGGUCAUUCUGUGCAUUGUGACUGUUUGCGUGACCAUCGUCUGCACAUACUUCCUGCUAAAUGCGGAGGACUAUAGGUGGCAAUGGACAAGUUUUCUCUCUGCCGCAUCAACUGCAAUCUAUGUUUACAUGUAUUCCUUUUACUACUAUUUUUUCAAAACAAAGAUGUAUGGCUUAUUUCAGACAUCAUUUUACUUUGGAUAUAUGGCCGUAUUUAGCACAGCCUUGGGGAUAAUGUGUGGAGCAAUUGGUUACAUGGGAACAAGUGCCUUUGUCCGAAAAAUCUAUACUAAUGUGAAAAUUGACUAGAGAUACAAAAAAACCUGGAACUUUGGAUCAAUUUCUCUUUCAUAGUGGUGGAACUUGCACAGCAAAAAAGGAAAGCGCAAGAAGAAAUUUGGGCUUAACACUGGGUACACUGUGGGUCUCUCUUUCAUGGAUGGCUUAAAGUAACAUCUAUUUCCAUUGAUCCUAGGUUCUUACUGACUGCUUUCUCCAACUGUUCACAGCAAAUGUGUGGAUUUUAUGCAGUAGGCAUUACUACAGUACAUGGCUAAUCUUCCCAAAAACUAGCUCAUUAAAGAUGAAAUAGACCAGCUCUCUUCAGUGAAGAGGACAAAUAGUUUAUUUAAAGCAUUUGUUCCAAUAUAAAUAAAUAAGAGGGAAACUUGGAUGCUAAAAGUACAUGAAUAGAAAUCUUCCUGGCACUUAGUAUUUCUAUGUUCUUGAAAAAUGAUGUUCCAGAAAGAUUACCUUUUCUUUUAUUUUUACUGCCAUUGUUGACCUAUUGUGGGACAUUUUUAUAUAUUGAAUCUGGGUUCUUUUUUGAUCUGUUAUUAGUUGUCCAUGACCUGUACCCCGCACCCCAACGCAACUGCAUCCUUUUUUAAAAAAGGAAAAAAAAAAAAAAGAAAGAAACUUAGCCAAGUUAAAUUCUGCAUGUAAUAUAUCUGCUGUCAUCUUAGUCAGACCAACUUUCCAUUUAUUUAUCUUAAAAUUAUCCAAUUACAUCUUAAUUCCAUCCAAAGAUACAGUCCGAAGAUAGAUGUGUAUUCUCUAUAUGCAAUUUACUGUACAGUUAGAAAGCAAAGUAUUAAAUGGAGAAGGUACUUGUUUUUAUAAACAUUUGAGAUUUAGAUAAUCUACAUUUUAACUGAGUAUCUAAAGUGAUUAUCCCCUCACCCCCCAGUUAGUCUCACAUCUUUUUUUGGGUUUGAAUGAAGGCUUUACAUGAGAAAUUAUUAAAAACAAGGGGGGGUGGGUAAUAAAUGUAUAUAACAUUAAAUAAUGUAACGUAGGUGUAGAUUUCCAACUGCAUUUGGAUGUACAGACUGAAUAGGGAGUACUUUUUCUGAUGAUGAUUGGUGUAGAAAUGUGUGAAUUUGGGUGGCUUUUUACAUCUUGCCUACCAUUGCAUGAAACAUUGGGGUUCCUUCAAAAUGUGUGUGUCAUACUUCUUUUGGGUGGGGGGUGUUUUAUUCUGUUUCUUUUCUGAGACUCAUACAGGAGCUAAAUUUGUAAUUUAGAAACAUUUAAUUUUGUUAAUCCUGUCUGGGACAUUUAAGUAACAUCUAAAGCAUCAUUGCUUUAGAAUGUUCAAAUAAAAUUUCCUGACCAAAUUGUUUUGUGAAAAUAGAUGUGUUUCCAAUUUGAAGAUAACUGUCCAAAAAGCAGUGUUACAGAAUCCCACUUAUUUUUUUUUAACAUACCAUAAAAUGUGCUUUUGAAUACAAAGGGCCCAUAUACUAAUGUCCCCAGCUUGCCUACAUCCAAAUUACCCAGUUCAGUGACAGAGUGAGAAACUGUUGAAUAAAAUUAUGGCACCAGGCUGAUGUGCUGUGAGUGGUGCAGGCACAAUGGUAGCUCCUUUAUUUGGUGAACAAAUAGAGAGGCUGUUCUUCUCUAAAAGAAAGAAAUUGCACUUGUGCAUUUUUCUGGAAUUGUCCAUAGUGUGAAGUUUCUCUAAAACCAUUGUGUUUCUGGUUUAAUAAUUUGCUAUGCAAAUGAUCACUUAAACCAGUACUAUACAUUGGUGUUUUUAGAAAAACAUCACCACUACUGAACACCUUAGUGUGAACUUCAUGCCAUUAGUAGUUACUAAUGGACUCCACAUUGUGUACUGUGGCAUUUAAGCCUUAUGAAGGGUGAAAAAUUUGAUGUCUGACCACUUAGGUAAUGGCUAGUAUGAGCAAAUAGAAAUUUGAUCAGAAACUAUAGGUAUAUACUUCAAGCCAGAAUGUUGCAUUAAACAUAAUCUGUUGGUUCUUCCAUUUUCUUACCUGCAUUUAUUAUCUUGGAAACUUAUUAUCUUUAAAACUCACUAUCUUAAUUACUUAUGUUCUGUAACUUUUUAAUACAAAAUAUUUUUAACAGGAAAACACAUUAUUUAAUGGGGUAUAAAUUGGAACUGCAGGGUUUUGGGUAUUUUUUGUUUUUUGUUUUUGUUUUUGUUGUCUUAUUAAAAUAGUAGUUUUUCAUGCCAUGAAUCCUGCAGGUAAGAUGAAGAGUUUUUAAAAAAUAUCUUAGUUAUUUUCAGGUGAACCAAUCCUUUCUAGUAAGUUGAGCUCCACUUGACAGUCUUUGGAAUCUGUGGUGAAAAAUAGAUUUUUAAUACUCAAAUACAUUAAGGGCAUUAUAUAUCACCUUGAAAAGUUCUUUACAAAAGUCAUGGUUCCCACACCUGUAAUUCUGGCUUUGUGGGAAGUGGAGAUAGGAAGAUCAUGGUUUGAAGCCAGCCUGAGCAAAAGAAUAUUAGCAAGAUUCUAACUCUUAAGAACAAGCCAUAUAUGGUGGUCACUUGUAGUCCCAGCUACUUAAGACACAUAGGUUGGAAGAUUGCAGAAACAAGACCCUAACUAACGCAAAAAAAAAUAAAAUAAAAAAUCUGAGGCAGGUGCAAGCCCUGAGUUCAGGCUUUAAUACCUUCCUCCCCAAAUCCUCUCCCCCAAAAGAAAUGGUUUUAUGUUGGUUUGUAGCUUCAUGGAGAGACUACACAAAUGUGUCUUGAAGAAGAUAGAAUUCAUAAAUGACUUAGCUUCUCAGUAGAAUAGUAAAACAGAAUCUUACCGAAGUUGAGAGUUUUUAAUUCUGUGUAUGUCUUUCAUUUGCUAACAUUUGCUCAAUUAUCAGCUGACAUUUUGAACACUAUCAAAAACAAAGAGUAAACCAGACACUGGUGGCUCGUGCUUGUAUCCUCGCUUUCUCAGGAGGCUGAGAGCUGAGGAUUGUACUUCAAAUUUAGCACAGACAGAAAGUUUGUGAGACUCUUUUCUUCAAUUAACCAGCAAAAAGCCAGAAGUGGAGAUGUGCCUCACAUGGUAGAGUGCUAGCCUUGAGCACAAAAGCUCAGGGAGAGUGCUCAGCCCUGUGUUCAAACCCCAGGCCUAGCACCCAAAGAAAAAUCUUUAGGGGAAACUUUCUCUGUUCCUAAUUCAUCUCCUAAAAUUCAACAGAGUAGAAGUUGACAUUAUACAUCUCUUCUGGUACCGAGAGUAGGAUAAAGUAGAAAUGUAAUGGCUAGAGGAAAGAAAAGUAUACUUUAGUAUAUAGUGUUGGGCUCCUAGAUGAUACUGGGUUUGCCCACAAAUCAAGCCCAAUACUCUUAGAACUUAUCAUCUUGUGGUGAUAUCUGAACCUAGUGAACUAUUUGCUUGGGUGUUUUCCACUGACAGUGGGCAGACUCUCUAUAAAGGUGGUUGCUGCAAACUAGUUCUUCCAAAAGCCACUUUAUUGAGGGUUUAUCCACAAAUUGUAUUCAUUUUGAUACAGCUUUUGUUUCUCUAAAUGUUUACUAACCACCUAUGCCAAAUGUCUUGCAAAUAAAUGUUAUUUUUCAACUUCCUGAAUUUUUACAAAUGUAAAAAGAGAUGAUGUAUUAAUGUAAUUUGUUCAGGAAAAGCUACAUACCGAAGGGCUUCUGUAUAUGAAUUCUAGGGGGCAAAGCCUAUGUAAAACCUGUAGUUAGUCUAGGUUUUAAGUUUAGAUCUCAGUGUGUGUUACUGCUUCAUUCUGUUGAUUUAUUGGAACAUUUAUAAAUAGGACUAGUUUUGUGUAAAAACACAAGUAUCUUUCAAAAUUCUAGUUAUGAAGCUCUAAGUAAUUACAGUGUUGAAAUCUGAGAAGAGUUUUAGGAAAAUGUUCAUGACUGAGUAUAGAAAUAGUGUAGGUUGAAAGGUAGAAAAUAAGAAUUAUUAUGUUAGUGCAGAAAUUUCAAAAAGUUCUAUUUCAGUAUGAGGAAUAACUACUUUUCUUCUGAGCAUUUUAUAAAAGAUAGCUCAUUGGACAUUCUUACUGGCACUAUAGAUACUAAUAUGCAAAGACAAAAUCAGGUUUCUUUCAUUGUUAUGAAGUGGAGACAAAUUGUUGCAAGAGCUGCUUAUAAGUAUUGGUGAACUAGGUGUAUAGUAAUUGACCAGAAAGCAUGGUGUGUUUACAGUUAGAGUGCUGUAAUAGCUUAAGGCAAGGAAGAAAAAACAGUUCUGUUUGAAGGACAACAAAGUGUCUUUGGGAAAGCACUCCAACUUGAGCUUUCCAGCUUGUUAAACUUGAACCUAUUAAUCCCCACAGAGCAUGGACAGUCAACAGAGUUGGAGGGAAACAGUGAUUGCCCAGUGGUCACUUCCGUUUUAUACACAUCCUUGGUUUGUGUAGGCCAUAUUCCACCUGGCUUUUUAGUUAUUUAGAAAUUUAGUAAUGUAUCAAAUAUAAUUGAGGUUCUAAUCUAGUCUGUUAAUUUAUCUGAAGCUGGAUUUUUAAAAAGUAAUAAAAAGUUAAAC